AUGUAUCCCCACGAACAGCAACCCCAGACCCAGUCAUCUCGCAGUUCCUUUUCCGAUAAGGGGAAAGACAGCCAGGAUAGCGGGGAUGAUAUUGUCCCCGCAUUUGGGCUCACUGGCGCCGAGAAAGAAACGGGGUCCAUACGCUCAGACGGAAGACGCGAGUUGAAGGAGAACGACUGCUACGAUAAGCUGGCCUACUGCUGGCCGAGAUGGAAGAAAUGGUCGUAUCUUGCGGCCAUAGCAUGCGUCCAAAUAUCUAUGAACUUUAACACCUCUGUCUUUCCAAAUGCUGUGAAGCCGUUAUCAGAGGCAUUCAAUAUUGGGGAGCAGGAAGCCCGGACGGGGCAGAUGAUUUACCUGAUCACCUAUUCCAUUGGAUGUGAAUUAUGGGCGCCUUGGAGUGAAGAAUUUGGACGCUGGCCUAUUCUUCAGCUUUCCAUGUUUCUUAUCAAUAUCUGGCAAAUUCCAGCUGCCUUGGCGCCGAAUUGGGGCACUAUUGUUGUUGCUCGUGGAUUGGGUGGAAUCUCGACCGCUGGCGGUAGUGUCACCCUAGGUCUUAUUGCUGAUCUCUACGAGGCCGAAGACCAGCAGUUCCCUCUGGCAUUUAUUGUCUUAUCGUCUUGCAUCGGUACAAGUAUUGGAGGUGUCAUAGGUGGACCGAUUGAGCGCUACCUCGACUGGCAAUGGUUCUUCUGGAUCAUGCUGAUCUUCGGCUUCGUUGUCGAAGUAAUCCUCCUCUUCGUCCCGGAAAGCCGCUCGACAAUCAUCAUGGACCGCGAAGCCAAGCGCCGCCGUGAAUCCGGCGAAGACCCGAACAUCUACGGACCCAACGAGCUCAAAAGCCCCCGCAUCUCCCUCAAAGAAGCCGGCAAGAUCUGGAUCCGUCCUUUCUACAUGUUCCUCCGCGAACCCAUCGUCCUAUGUCUCUCCCUCCUAUCCGGAUUCUCCGACUCCCUGAUUUUUACCUUCCUCGAGAGUUUCUCCAUUGUGUACGAAAAGGGCUGGGGCUUUGGUAUCCUCGGCCAAGCGUGGGCCGUCAUCCCGAUCAAUAUUGGCUACGUGAUUGCCUAUUUCUCAUACUUUCCAUGGUUCUGGCGAGACCAGAAAAUCCGCGACGCGAAGGGAGACGAUGCACUACCUGCUGAGCGGAGACUCAAGUGGCUUCUUUAUCUAGCCUUGCUUGAACCGAUAGGAUUAUUCGGCUUCGCAUGGACAUCUUUGGGUCAGGAGUAUGGCGUUCCGUGGAUCGCAUCCAUGAUAUUCUCCACCCUUGUCGGUAUCGCCAACUACGCCAUCUACCUUUCCUCAGUUGAUUACAUGGUCGCCGCGUAUGGUGUGUACUCUGCUUCUGCGACGGGCGGAAAUGCCUUCUGUCGUGAUCUGUUAGCGGGUAUUGCGGCUAUGUAUACCACCCCGAUGUAUGAGAAUAUCGGAGACAAGUGGCAUGUGGAAUAUGCUACUACUAUCCUGGCAUGUCUUUCGUGCUUGGUGGUGCUUCCAAUUUACAUCUUCUAUUGGAAGGGACCGCACAUUCGCGAGAGGAGCAAGUUUGCCCAGACGCUGGCGUCGGAUCGGAAGGCUAACCAGGGCCAUCGGGUUAGUAAGGAGGAUGCUGCACCGUAA